GUUUUACUGGACUCAGGGUUCGGUAUCUGUUUCCAUUUUACACCCGGUUGUGGAAUGUCGUCGAUCGUUUAUUUCAAGUUCAAAGCAAAUGUAAAGACAGACUCUGUUUCGUUUGACGGAUCUUCUAUUUCUGUGAAAGAUCUUAAAAAUGCCAUUCGAACAAAGUGUUGUUUGUAUUCGACUGAUUUCGAUCUGAAACUAGAAGAUACUACUGGAAAAGUCUAUUCCAAAGAUGAUGAAUUGAUUCCAAAGUACUCAAGUAUUGUAGUGCGACGUGUCCCACGUUUAGUUGCAGAAAUCCAAAAGAAGAAACAAAUGGGUCCAGAUGAUGUAACGUGGAGAGAGUUGCAAAAGAAUCAUACUGCCGCAUCUGAAACAUCACAUGGUUCUAAACUUAUCAAUUUAGCAGAUUCUGACCUUUCUGAAGAAGAGAAAAUCAAACUGAUGAUGGAGAGAUCCUCAGAGACUUACUCAGAGACCAAUUUUGCUGUACGAGCCAAACCAUAUGGAGUCCCUCCGGCUGCUUAUGUUUGUCACAAAUGUAAUCAGCCAGGACAUUGGAUUCACAAUUGUCCUGGGGUGCGUGAUAAAACCGGGAAAGUCAUGGAUGCCAAGUCAAUCAAAAGGCCGACGGGUAUUCCACAGGAUUUCCUUCUGGAAGUUGCAGCUGGAACUCCAGGUGCAUAUUUAGGGAAAUCCGGGAAGUACAUGGUGCCUAUCAAAGACGCAGAGGCAUAUGCCCAGGGCAAAAAGGAUAAACGGCCGUUUUCUGUCGAAGAAAACCCUCCAUACGUUCCUCAGGAAAGAAAUCCUCCGAAGCAACUUGUGUGUCCGUUGUGUAAUAAGCUUUUCAGCGAUGCAGUUUUAGUAUCCUGUUGUGGAACAACCUAUUGUAACGAGUGCAUCAUGGGUCAUGUUUUUGAUUCUCAAGUUCUGGGUUCCCAUAAGUGUCCUAACUGUGAUGCGGUGCUGACAGACCAUGAGUCAAGUGUCUUUGAAAAUGCUCUUGUGCGAAGUUUAAUUCGUGACUGGCUUGCCGAUGAAUCUAAAAUAGUUGAUCCAGAAGUAGUUAUCCCUGGAAAUAUAUCAAAAUUCAAUGAAAACGAUACGGCAUUCGUUAACUGUCGCCGCGUUCUGAAACCAAAACAAGCAACGGUCAACAUCCCUACAGUCAAACUUGGAAGUACAACUGCAGUGGAAUCAAAUCAAGUUCAGAAUUCACUGAAGAUGCAACCAAUUGUUUCAGAAUCUAAUUCUAUUGUUAAAAAUGAACAUACUGAUUUACUUUUGAACUUACCCUCUGAAACACCUCAGAGCACAAACUCUGUGACAUUUUCUACUCUUUCAUCUUUUGAUUAUGUUCGUGUUUCUGAAAUGACUACUUCUGUUGUAACGAACAAUACAAAUGCUACUGUGGUCACAAGUUCUCCUUGUACCACUAUGGUGGGAAAUAACAGACAGAAUCUGUUACCCACCACUUGUCUUUCAAACACACAAAUUCCUUGUUUGAGUUAUACUAGUUCUACUGCUGUAAUGCCUACUUUACUCCCAGGUGUUAAUGGUGGUGGUAAUCCCCUUCUUAAUGCGCUUUAUAGUAUACGGUUAGAUGACUUACAGGCUCCAUUGGUUGCUCCCUCUACUAUUUUACCAGCCACUUACGGAUCGCUUGUUGGCGAUCCUGAGUGGACAGCUGAGACAGCUUUGGCUGCGUCAGCAGCUCAGAGUGCAGGUCUAGUUGAUCCAGUAAUACAAGUCAAUAAUAAUCAGGUCGCCUUCGGGCUAGUCCCUGGGCAGUCUAUCCCUGGCACGAUGCACACAGCUUUAUCCGCACCUGUUGAAACACUAAAUGGACACAAAAUGCUUUCAAAAGAAGAGUUCUAUCGGUUGAAAAUGGAAGUUCUCCAUUCAGCUCGUAGAAGGUAAACCAAUUUAAAUCUACUCAAAUGCGAUCGUUUAUUUAUUUAGGUUGUCAUGCCGUCCUCUUUCUUUAACAGUUGAAUCUCUUGACUUCAGGCAUCGCCAGAUCCGUUCAUAUCAUGGGUUCUUGUAGCAAAGUAUUCAUUUUAUGGGUAAUCGAAGUACCGAUCUUCUUCUGAAAGAAUGUAUAAUUUAGUUCAUUGUCUCAAAUACCAAGUGUAGACUGAGUUUCUAUCGUUUCUCGAACUUAAGUAAUUAAUCUGUUCGGAAGAUUUAUUUCUUGCGUUUCAGUAUGGAGGUAGUUCGUAAUCAUUCACAAUUUAGGAUAGUGAAUAUUCUGGGUAGAAAUACUGCCCCAUGAAAAGACAACUAGGUGGUUCAGCUGUCUUUUGUUUGUUUGACCUCGAUUUGCCUCCAAGUCUGCGGUAGGCUCAAAAUAAGGUCUUUCACAUCCGAAGUAAAUGCAUGUAUUAGCAGUUAUAUAAAAAUGUAAAGGUCUAUUUUUCAAAUUGAAGUUUACUUUUUAGGGCUUAAUUAAGACUCUACCUUUACGUUCAGCGUAGAUAGUGUUCAAACUAAGUAUUUUGACUUUUUGAAGCUUCUGUUGGUGUUUAAUAUACACUUUCAUAUUUAAUUUGAAUGUUGCUCAGUGUAUGUCUGUACGACCGUAUGUAUUGGCUGUUGUUCAUUUGUUUGCCUUUGUUUCCAUUUCUCCAGUAAUAUGUAUAUAUGUAAAUGCUGUUAUCUUGUUUUAUUAUGGUGUGCAUUCCACUACAUUCAACGGGUCCACCUAACAGUAUGGUUGCCUUUUCUCUGCGUUAUUCAGUAUUUUAUUAAAAAAUUUGAUUUAUAGGCAUCGCCACCGCACCCAUUCACGUAGUCCUGGUCAUGUACAUCGAGCCGAACGACUUUAUGGAGAUUCUUCGCACCAUCGACGUGGUUAUGAUAGAGAAGAGCGAGAGAGACAAUCUCGAUACUAUUCACCUGUUAAUUACGAGAGUGAACGUAGUCGUUGCCGACACCGUUACGCCGAUGAAUAUGAAUCUCAUCGUGACAGAAGUGGGACUCACCGUCAUCACUAUCGCCCUACUUUCUUUCAAGAUCUUGACGACCGGAGACGUCAUUAUUCACGAGGCCAUCCGCACAGUCCCGAACACCGGUCCAGGCGGUCACCAAGACAGUCACCAUCAAGUAAAGAUGAUUGGUAUGGGUACAAAGGUCGGGGAUGUAGCCUUUCUCCCAUCACACAUGAACCCUCAGACCUGCGCAGAUGUCGGGAACCACAUGUUGGUAGUGGACAUUAUGAUGAAUUUCUCGUUAGACGUAAAAGAAGUCGAACACCCAUGUCUGUUGUCCCUCAGUAUGAUGUCUCUGAUCCGGAAUCUAUUGGACCUAGAAAUCCUUCUCUGCCAAGAGAUACAUCUCAGAGGCAGUUUGAUAUGCCUGGACCGAAUCAAAUAUUAGAUAAUUUCAAUCGUGUUUCACAUAAUUUAUCAUGCGAAACGUUUUCGGGUGACUCAACAAAACAAUCCCCCAUUUCUCUGGAUCCUAAUAAUGAUCUCAUCUGUAAAGAUGAAUGCUUAAUAGGACACUCUGUUGUCAGUAGAAUUAUUAGUAAUGAUGAGUCAUUUGUACCUCACAUAAAGAAGGUUAAAGUUAAGAAAGAGAAAAAGCAUAAGAAGCAUAAACACAAACAUUCUGACAAAAGGUAACUAUUAUUAUUUACUUUGUUAUAUAAUAAUAUAUUAGGGCUUGUAUUCAGCUCGACGAUUCAACUAAUCAACUAUUUAUGAAUCCAGGAGACACUGUAUCUUGUUCUAAUAUUGAGGUAUCUGAUAAGAAGCAUGCAAAGAAGCACAAGAAACAUAAGAAACAUAAACAUGGAAAUAAAGAAGACAAGAAACAAGUUAACUCAGAUGUAAAUUCAUCAGUACAAUGUAUAAGUCUAGAUAAAAUCAAUGUAAAUGAGCUUAGCUAAUAAACUCUUCUAGUUCUUUCCAUGUACAUAGGUUUUGAAGAACAUGUAUAUAAUGUCUAGAUUAUAAUGAUCAAGUUUACAAAUUUACUGGACUGCAUAAUUUUAAAUAAAUUAUUUUUUAUCAUGAA